UUGAUGAUUAACAUAUUUCUCUAACGUAUUUCUUGUGUAUGUUAAUAUAAUUUGUGUUCAAAUAUUGCAAUUUAAAUUCGCUAAUAAAAUCCAGACAUAUAUCCUGGAAGUUUUCAAAAUGUUUCUUUAGUAGUUUUUUAAAACAAAGGUUUGAAUACAACAGUGUAUCACCUGAACCAGUACACAUGAAAGUUAGGAAAUCAUUACAAAUUUAUUUUGCAUUGCAUUUUGCAUUGUCCAUACCAAUGUUGAGACCAAACCUACACCCUUGGUUUUAAGUAAUAAUUCCGAUAUUCCCUUGCAUUUUCGGCAUGACGCACUGACGAGACGGGCUUGAUUUUCAGCCAAGUCAUCAACGAACAACAAGCAAAAAACGUGCCAUUCAUUUAAACGGACCGCAACUCUUCCAUAAAGAGAGCGCGUGGUCAAUGAAAGCAUGACAAAGGUGAGUGAUGUGACGCCGCGUUGGCAAUAAUAUUGCCAAAACACUUCCGUUCGCUUUUGUUUUUUCCGCGAUUUUACCAAAAUAGCUUUGUAGGGUUCAAACCUACACCUCACGCCAAAUGUUUCUGCAUUUGCCGUCACCAGGUGAGCCCAAACAAGCCGAGUUGUAAAACUACAUAAAACAUCCAGCAGGAAAUAAAAGGGGAGGAUCAAGUUGGUUGUCACGCUUGUUCAUUUUGCCCACCAGAGGGCGGUGUUGCGCAAUAUCAGGAUUUAAAUAUCAGAAUUGACAAUUUAUUGGCUUCUACAAAAACAAGUUUCCAGUGAUAAAAGUAUUAGAAUUAAAGAAUUAGACAGAAAAAGCUCCAGUUUUGAUUCACAUUAUCUAGCUAUCCAGUUCCUUACUAGCUGUCAGCCCAAAACACGAGAGAAUUAGACAGAAAAAGCACCGAGUUUGAUUCACAUUAUCCAACUAACCAGUUGCUUGCUAGCUGUUAGCCCAAAACACGAGUUUGAAUUGGAACAAUUCAAAUUGUUUAUAUUGUAAGACUGUACAGGGAACUGUGAAAUUAGGAAAAAAGUAAUCUUGCGUGUUCUGCAUAUUUUUGUUCAGGAUGUUUUUUUGGGACAGCUGCCCUUUCACAGAUGACGAUGACGACGAUGUUCCACUUUGCAGUUGUCAGGGCAUCAACCUCACCAACUGCCGUUACGAUAGCGUGCGUCGCGCUGCGGAGAAAUUAGGAAUUAAAGAGGCAAAGCCAGGUGAGGACUGGACUUUGUUUUGGACCGAUCCCCGUCCUUGUGAAGAAAAAUUUAAAGAAAUGAAACCGUAUCAGAAAAUCAACCAUUUGCCCUCUAUGACUGAAAUCUGCCACAAAAAUUCACUAGCGACUAACUGGAAGCACAUGCUAAAGUUUUUCCCCGAAGACUACAACAUUUUCCCUAGGACGUGGACUUUUCCCAUAGAGUACGGCCUUUUUAAAACAUACGCCAGGGACAAAGACAAAUGUUACAUUUGCAAACCGAACGCGGGCAGUCAAGGCAAAGGCAUCUCCAUCUUCACGUCGUGGGAUAAAGUUCAGCCAGAGCAAGAUAUGAUCUGUCAGGAAUACAUCGACAAGCCUCUGCUCAUCGACGGAUUCAAGUUCGACAUGCGCAUCUACGUGCUGGUGACCUCGUGUUACCCCUGGAGGAUCUACAUGUACAACGAGGGGCUCGCUCGCUUUUGCACUGUUAAGUAUGAAGAGCCAACAGAUGAAAAUGUGAAUAACAAGUAUAUGCAUCUAACAAACUUCACCAUCAACAAGGACAGCGAGACGUUCGUCAAUGAUGAAAAGACGGGGAGCAAACGAAAGUUAUCGACUCUAAAGAAGCAGUUGACAUCCAACUACAAGAACACGGAGAAGAUCUGGAGCAACAUCGAGGACGGCAUUGUGAAAACGCUGGUCUUGGCUCACUCCCGCAUCCAGCACGGCUACACCACUCUCUUUUCCAAACACGUGGUGGGAAGCGCUUGCUUCCAGAUCUUGGGCUUUGACGUGCUGCUGGAUGAGGAAUUCAGGCCAUGGGUGCUUGAGGUGAAUCACUCUCCAGAUUUUUCCACUCUGCUGCCGCUGGACUGCGAUGUCAAGGACGCCUUACUUUACGACACUCUAGUCCUUAUCAACUUGGCUCCCUUUGACCGGUGCAGGAUGAUCAAGGAGGAGAAGCGGAAGGUGGAGGAGCGCAUGAAACAAAAUGUGCGGAUAGAAGAGAGGCUGGAAAACGAACAGCAGCGCCGGGCCACCAUGGUGGAGGAGAUGGAGAGCUACGAAGACGAUCACCUGGGAAACUUCAAAAGGAUCUACCCCAGUGAGGGAAACGAGAAAUAUGACAAGUACUUAAAAGUGGAGGACAGGCUCUACAAGACUAAGAACAAUGACUUCACUGUCACGUCACUUGCUGAAAAAUCAUGA